AAGAGAUUUCCUCCCUUGUUUUACUUCCUGUUUUGUUCUACAGGAGUCACAGACUUAUCCUUUCACUUGAACUUAGUCCUUAACUCAGUGUUUAUACUCGUUUUUGUAAUAAUUAGGAGUUGGUGACAUUGUAACGUUUGUCAUAAGUUUGUCGAAAGCAAACUCAAUUUAUUUUAUCUGUGAAGUGGAAUCCUGUCCUCGUUUAACGUCGGUUCCGAUGGAUUUUACGUAAAUGUAGUUCCUUAUCCUCUUUUUCAUAUUUAUCGUAUAGUUUUUUUUGUAUCGAACUCUUCCGAUAAUGGUCGCUUAUAUGUACUACGGCCAUUCUCUACAAAGUAACAAAUUAGCCAGCAUCUCUGUUGUGGCUAGGCUACCUAGUUAGCUAACAAAAUGGCUAGCCAACACCUUUUAGCUGGCAACUAAUUUGCACACUGCCGCGUUCUAAGUCUUUUUCCUUCUACUAUUGCUGUCAACGUUUUUAAUUUAUCCAUUCCUGGGAGUAAUGGCCGAAUUCCAGAGGCCAACACUGUGUUGCUGUCGCAAAGUGCUAACGGUGCCUAGCAAGUCGUGUGAGGGUGCCCGGGGUCUGGGAGUGGGACAAUGUCGUUUGAUAGACAUUGCUUCGGCAUCCAAUUUUCAUUGCUUCCAGCUCCGCCACUUCCACCUCGACCUCCGCCUUAACUUUGCCGUGAAAGAAAUGACCGGUUGGCAGGUCCUGGAGCUCGUGCCAAUUCAGCCCGGGGUGCAAACUUUGGUGUUGGACACUCACCCGUCCUUGCUAAUUCAUUCCAUAGACUGCAAGGUACCAGACUCAAACGGUCAGGAUGUUCCCCUCUCGCUUACUUAUCGUGUAGACCCUUUCACCGACUAUGGAUCCUCGCUAAAUAUUAGCCUCCCAGCUGCAGUGAUAAAACCACACCGUGCUUUCCAGAUCACAGUCCGCUACACCACGACAGACGGCCCUGCGAUCUGGUGGCUGGAUUCAGAGCUGACAUGUGGUCAGACACGACCUUUGGUUUUCACCCAGGGCCACUCCGUAUGCAACCGCUCCUUCUUCCCCUGCUUCGAUACGCCAGCUGUCAAGAGUACCUACACUGCUACUGUCAGGGUUCCGGAAGGUGUGACAGUGCUCAUGAGUGCCUCUCGCAGUGCCUACUCCAAGCAGGACAGGGUCUUCCAGUUCUCCAUGGAGUACCCUGUGCCAGCCUAUCUGGUGGCAUUAGUGGCUGGAGAUCUACAGCAUGUGGACAUUGGGCCUCGGAGCCGGGUAUGGGCGGAGCCUUGUGUGCUGACCUGUGCUGUGAGCAAGCUAGGGGGCAGUGUGGAACGUUGGCUGGGUGUGGCUGAGGAGCUUUUUGGACCCUACGUUUGGGGAAGGUAUGACAUUGUGUUCCUGCCCCCAUCAUUUCCAAUCGUUGCCAUGGAGAACCCCUGCCUAACCUUCAUCAUCUCCUCUAUCUUGGAGAGCCGGGAGUUCCUGCUCAUCGAUGUCAUCCACGAGAUUGCUCACGGCUGGUUUGGCAACGCUGUCACCAACGGAACCUGGGAGGAGAUGUGGCUGAGUGAAGGACUGGCUACCUACGCUCAGAGGCGCAUUACUACAGAAGCUUAUGGUGAGGCUUUCACCAGUCUGGAGACAGUGUUCCGCCUGGAUGCCCUGCACAGACAAAUGCGUCUGUUGGGAGACAACAAUCCCGUCAGCAAGCUACAGGUCAAAUUUGAGCCAGGUAUUAAUCCCAGCAGUCUGAUGAACCUGUUCACCUAUGAAAAAGGCUUUUGCUUUGUGUCCUACCUCUCUCAACUAUGUGGGGAUGUCAAACGUUUUGACAGUUUUUUGAGGGCCUAUAUAGAAAAGUUUAAGUUCAGCAGUGUAGUUGCCCAGGACCUGCUAGAUUUCUUCCUUGGCUUCUUCCCUGAGCUGAAGGAGAGCUGCGUAGCUCAGAGAGAGGGUCUGGAGUUUGAGCGCUGGCUGAAUGGAUGUGGCCCUCCUCUCUGUGAACCAGACCUGUCAGCGGGCCUGGUUUUGACCAGCCCGGUCCAGAGCCUGUGUGAUCUGUGGGCCACCGACACUCCCGACACUGAGGCCAUAGCCACCUUUGACCUCUCCACCUGGAGCACCUUCCAGAUGGUUCUCUUCCUAGACCGACUGCUGGACCACUCGCCGAUCUCCCAUGAGAUAAUGGGUCAUCUCUCACGCUGCUACUCUGCACUGCUGGACGGCAUGAAUGCUGAGGUGAAGAUCCGAUGGCUACAGAUUGUGGUACGGAACCUGUUCUACCCAGACCUUCCGCGAGUCCGCAGCUUCCUGCACAAACAUACAUCGCGGAUGUACACAGUUCCCCUCUAUGAAGACCUCUGCACGGGGGUAAUGAAGUGCUUCGCCGUGGAGGUGUUUUACCAGACCCAGGCCCGCCUCCACCCCAACCUGAGACGGACCCUCCAGCAGAUCCUGUUCCAGACCAGCGGCCUGACUGCAAGCCCCACCCCGGCCCUGCUCCCCCUCACCCCCAAUCCUAGCUCCACUGCAGAGCCCUCCACCACUGGAACAAUUGCGCUACGGGAUGUCAACGUCUCUGCCUGACAAGCUGAUGCUUGUUCACUGUGAGAGAAGCUGGUAGGGAAAAAGGGAGCGCUUCCGAGACUCCGCUAACGGUGUCACAGCCAACAAACGUGUUAUGCUCGACAGGCGUGAAUAGAAUGUGACUAUGUCAUCAAUGCAACUUGCUACAUCAUCGGCACAGCUGUGUAGCAGUCAGGAGGAGGAGAAAAAAACACUGUGCAAACAACUUUUCCAACACAGUUUGGUGAAGAACUGGAAGAGACUUGAAACGACUGCGUUGACAGUCCUCAGCCGUGCUUUCAGAGAGUGAAGCAGCUUCACUCACACAGAUGCAAGUUGUUUGGAAUAUUUAUAUGACUUUAAUUUCCAUAAGUUAACUUUUUAGGCCUGUCUGUGAAAAUUGGCAUGUGUGUGCCAAUGUGUGUGUGUCUGGAUCUGUGUAUGUGAUGGAAUUGGUGAUGAGAGGGUAGAAAUGAUAGUUUCAAUGGGAUUAACCUCACUCAGAGCAAAGAGUGAUUCAUGAAUGGAUGCAUUCAUUGAGCAAAUCUGAUAACAGGACAGAACCAUCUGUUCUGAACACUAAAUGCUUUCACUCUGCAAUUAAUUAUAUAAAUUAUUUCCCCUUUGCAAUACUAAAUGGUGACAUUUAUCCAGGAAGGAAGGUGGAAAGUCCCUUUCUUCAUUCCUAUGUCCUCUCACUCAGGAAGCACUUUGUUCGACAAGCCAGGGACCCCUUCUCACUGGGAUCGGCAGAGUUUGCACUUUAUUUCAAAAUAUGGGGCCUUUUUAUCUGAUUAGCAAUGUCCCUGAUCUGUAUAUGCUUUAUAUAUGUUUAAAAGUGUCCAUGGUAUUACAAAACUGGCAUAGGGUCAGAGCCACACAGCUUUAGGUCCAAGCCCUUUGUCUCACCAUUUUAACAGUUUACCCCAAUAAUGCUUUGAUAUGGGAAGGAUUAUGAUGAGUUGAAUUAUGUUUGAAUUACUUUGAGUCUUCCACAUAAUUAUUCAUAAAUUGUGAAAGGGCUUUACCCUCAAGUGUGUGUGAAGGAUACGUUUAUGUUUUCAUGAUUAUAUUGUUUGAGGGGUGAAUCAGGUGAUGACAAAGCAGUUUUCAGCAAUUCCUAGAUGCCUUACUUUACUCAGAGGGGACAUGCAGGUUUUCAACGUUUUGCAGGUAAUUAACGCUUUCAGUGUG